AUGCCUCCAAAACGACCUGCAAAGAAGACGGAUCAAAAACUAUCAGCUAAAAAACAAUCGAAACAGCAUUCUUUGGAUACGUUUCUAUCCAUCGAACCUCAAACUACAGCAUCCACUGCUUCGUUGGUCCAGUGGAAAGUCUUGCAUAACAGUCUUUUAAUAGGUGUAGCCAACUCUCUUACCAAAGAACAUCUUCAAAAAUCAUAUCUGGCUCAACAUACCAAGAUUGCUGCAUUCGAUUUUGAUGGAACUCUUGCUGGUGUCAAUGGAUCUUAUGUGUUUCCUAAACAUGGCGACGAUUGGCGUUGGUUCUGUCCAAGUGUUCCUGCCACACUAAGACUUUUACACAAUCUUGGAUACAGAAUCGUUAUAUUCUCCAACCAAUCGGGAAUACUGGAUCAGCCCAAGACUUCAAAAAAAGGCUUGAAUCAAACUGUCGUGGCCAAAGAUGCUAUUUUUAAAGGUCGUGUAGAGAAUGUUGUCAAAUCUCUAACAGAAACCGAUACAUUGCAUAUCCCUCUUACAUUUAUUGCUGCUACAUCCAAGGACUUUUUUCGUAAACCUUGUCCAGGAAUGUGGCAUUAUUACAUUCAGGAGGUUUACACAUCAGAUGAUCUUGCCUCCCUUUCUGAUGCUGAUCUUGCAUUAUCAUUUUACUGCGGCGAUGCUGCUGGUAGAACACGAUCAAACUGGCAUUCGACUCUUCCACAUCCUAAAGACCAUUCGGACUGCGAUCAUAAAUUUGCACUGAAUAUCCCACUUAGAUUUAUUGUCCCAGAAGUACUAUUUUCCAGUAAAUCCAGUAUUGCGCUAAACGAGUGUUUAGAAUCUAAAACUAACGAUAAGCUGAAUGAUGUAUUGGAUAAACUGGAAUCCAUUGCUGGAUUUAAACCAAUUCCUUGGCCAGAAUUCAACCCAAACUUGUUUACUUCACUCACCGACUCGUCCCAAACUCUUGCAAAGGUUGUUGAAACCAUUACCAAUCGUGUUACGUUCACCCCUGAAAUGAAUCCACCGUUUCAAUCAAGUGUGAACCUCAUCAUAUGUGUGGGAUCGCCAGCUUCAGGAAAAUCCAGUUUUGUCACUACCUACUUGACACCUUUGGGUAUAACUCACAUCAAUCAAGAUACGUUGGGUACAAAAAACAAGUGCUUAAAGGUACUGAGCGAAGCUAUUGGUUCUGGUAAAUCAGUCGUGGUAGAUAACACGAAUCCAGACAAGACAACACGGAAAGCCUUUAUCCAAGCCGCGAAAGAGUCUGCUGGAACAGAGUGCAUGGUACAUGUUAUAGCACUGUAUUUUGAUACUGAAAUGGAACUAUGCAGACAUAAUAAUGCUUAUAGGGAAUUGAGGCAUUUUGGACACAAGUGGGUUUUUGGUAACAGUGAUCAGAAAAAGUCUGACCAUGCACAUGUUCCUGGAAUGGUGUUUCAUAUGUAUGCCAAAGCACAUCAAGAACCAGACCAUGACGAAGGGUUUAAUGAGAUUUUUCGUGUUGGGUUUCAUCCAGUAUUUGAAUCAGAACAUGAUGAGAAAUUGUGGAAAUUGCACUAUCUGUAA